AUACCCGGCCGACUGUCUGGUGUCGUGUACGGAAAGUGAAAAAAGGCAAGCAAUGUGAAUUCGUAAAGUAAAUUUCGCACAGUGAGGAAGCGUACCCGAAAAUCAGCGCGUGAUUCCGUGCCGCACAGUAAACUGGGGCUCAGCGAAGAAUACCCCGUUGCGCUACCAGCAGACAGGCGCAGGCAGGCAGGCAGGCCGAGCAAAUCCGAGCAAAGCUAAGCCAAGCCAAGGCUGAGUUGUUUCUCUCUUUCUCUCUAAUUUUAGCCGCCAGUCCGAGGUGUGUUAAUACGGUCGUGUACCGGAUGGUGUCUGGAGCAUAUGGAAAAGUCAGACCGCAGUUUCAGUCAGUUGGCCAGUGAAAGAUAGUACAAACGGCAUCAGAGUACGAGUGUGCGUUGAUUUGACCUUCCGGAGUGUGGCACCCGUUUGUGCAGCAGGAGACGGUGCAAAUGAGUGCGUUUAUGGUUUCGGAUUCGUCGCUGUUGGUAGUCGCUAGACGACGACGGGCAGAAGUAGCGCCAGCAGCACCCUCCCUUGGCAACGAUUGCCACCAUCGGUAGUGUUCUGCUCGCACUGAUUGCCGGAUUGGUGCGCGGGGUGCUUUACGAAAGUAGGGUUAUCCGGAUGGUACUACCCAAACAGCGGUCAAACGAUAUUAUCAAGCGGAUGCUUCUGGUUAAAAGGGCGCGAUUAGCAGUUCUUAAAAAAAAAGAGAAGUGCAGUGCGGUGUGAGUGUGUUUUGCGUGUGAGUUCAAAGCUUCUUUAUUGAAUCUUGUGUUUUGUGCGAAAAAAGGGAGAAAAAUUAAUCAGCAAAAUUGUGCGUUUAACAACAGGAAGCUUCCUUUUUUUUACAUAUUAGUAGUAGAUAAGCAAUUGUAAUAAUAAUAUUAGUGUUUAAGUGAAAGGAAGUGUGUGCUGGAGUGGCAUAUUUUGAACGGUGUAAUUAAAUCGUCCCAGCCUUCUAAGAUACGCUAACCGUACCGGUCGACCAUCAUCAUCACCAUGUCGCUCGACAACCGAAACACGUCCGCCCAGUUUAAGCGGGCGGAACAGCUGAAACGAUGGGAGGAGUCGGAAAUGAACAAAAAGCUAAGCGGCGUACCGAAGAGCCCGUCGUCGCGGAGGAUAAAAUUUUCGUCCGGCUGCAUCUUUCUGGCGGCCUGUGUCGCCGGGGAUAAGGAGGAGGUGGAGUGGCUGCUGAAGAAUGGAGCGGACAUCGAUACGGCCAACGUGGAUGGGCUGACCGCUUUACAUCAGGCCUGCAUUGAUGACAAUUUGGAUAUGGUGGAGUUUCUCGUACAGAAAGGUGCCGACGUCAAUCGAAAGGAUAACGAAGGUUGGACACCAUUACACGCCACAGCAUCAUGCGGAUUUCUCAGUAUAGCACGCUAUCUGAUAGAAAAUGGUGCCGAUCUGGCGUCGAUCAACAGCGAUGGCGAGUUGGCCGUCGAUCUGGCCAGCUCGGACGCGAUGGAGGACCUGAUCCAGCAUCACCUCGACGAGCAGGGUAUCGAUUGUGAUGAGGCACGCCAGGCGGAGGAGCGUAUCAUGCUGAGCGAUGCGACCAAGUGGCUCCGCACGGACAGUUCCGACUGUGAUAAGGCACACCCGAAGACGGGUGCCACCGCGAUUCAUGUGGCGGCCGCCAAAGGCUACAUCGGCGUGCUGAAGCUACUGCUCGAAGGUCGGGGUGAUAUCGACCGGCAGGAUGUGGACGGCUGGACACCGCUGCAUGCGGCCGCCUACUGGGGCCAGAAGGAAGCCACACAGAUGCUGCUGAACGCUAGUGCGGACAUCGACAUCCAGAACUACAGUGGCCAGCUGGCGAUCGACAUUGCCCAGGACGAUAUCGUGCCUUUGCUGAAGGAUGCUCGCAAGAACGUGAAGCGCACGAAGCGCAGACCACCUAGUCACGGAAAUAGGAUUACGGAUAAUUUCGAAACGAGUACGGAAACACCGACCAAGGUGAUUCGGGUCGAGAUGAAGCCAAUCGACAGCAACAAGGAGAAAGAAGCUGGACCCGUCGCCGUCGCCCAUGACGACGACGACGACGAUGAAGAUGUUUACCAAGCACCAUCCAAUGUCCAAGAAGAACCAGAAGAUGAAGAAGAAUCAAAUGAAAAAGAUGAAGAGGAGGAAGAGGAGACGGUGGAUGAUACGGUAGACGAGGAGCUGGAGGAAGAGGAGGAGGAGGAGGAGGAGGAGGAAGAUGAUGAUGAGCAGGAAGUGGAUGAGGAUGACGAAGAGAAGGAGGAACAAGUGGUGAUCAUUGAGCAAAAGCCAGGUCCUGCCCAGGAUGUACCCGAUUCGACCGGGAUCGGCUUAUCGUAUCAACGGGCAGCUACCGCACAAACCAUUCAAUCACACGCAGAAUCUAAACCGAACCAAGCUGAGGAAGCUGAUAGCGAGGAGGAGGAGGAGGAGGAGGAAGAAAAUGCCAGCGUUUCGUCGGAACCGUACUCCUCCUCCAAUCCAUCGGCCGAUAGUAGCCUAACCGAAUCCGAAACAGAUGAACUGUUACCGCGACCUGUUCCAAUCAUCUCGCGACCGGCACCGGUUCCACUGACCACACAAAUCGUAGCACCGAAGCCACGUGUGACCGAAACGGUACCAUCAGCUACCGCUACGACAACCGCUGCCAGCAAUCCUCCUCCACCGACGGCACCGUGGCGCCGCCAGCGUGCCACACCGACGCCCGUCCCGCGACAGUUCUACGAGGAUCAACAGCAGCCCGCAACAGUAUCGCGUGCGGCGGACGACGUCGACUACGCUAACCUCUAUUACACGUCCAAGCGCAACCUUUCCGAAAAGGAGAAUAAACCAACCGAACCGGAUGUGAUACUAAGGAGAACGCAGAGCUUCGAGAGUGAUGAAAAGUUCUACCAGAGGUAUGCAGAGCUGCGAGCACGAAUACAGGCCAACUCAUGCCCUCACACAAUCCUACCAUCGACGCCUAUUAACACUAAAACCAGUACUGCCUCGAACAACAACAACAACAACAACAGCAGCAACACAAAUAAUAAUAAUAACAACAACACUACCACUACUACGGCGUCGGCGCCGGCAUCAAACAUUUCGUCGUACCUGGUGCAGCGGUCCGCCUCACUGAAGGAUCAUCGGACAUUAAGGAAAACAGCCAGCAAUUUGGUCCUGGGAAGCACAACAACAUCACCAUCGUCAGCGACCCCCACCACCACCACCACCACCACCACUGGACCAGCGUCCGGUGUACCCACUAAUACCAGCAUUGUGCCUCCAGCGACCGGUACGACCACGGCAGUGAGCCAGGCCACCGGUAACACGACGGUCAGCUCCGGUGCCGUGUCCAGCCCGCCGACCAGUCCUUCCGGCACACCGACAACGACACCCACUGCCGGACAGAUCAGGAGUUCCAUACCCACACCAGUCACCACCACCUCCACCACCACCAACAACAACAAGAAUAUCAUGCUCAACAGCAACACAGAUAAUAGUAGUAGCACGCCAUUCGGUGAUCGCUACCGGAAGCGGUACGAGGAUCAGCCGGAAGUGGUGCGCAAACCGCCGCAAACGAACAACCACAACAACAACAGCACUAUCGCCGAUCAUCAUACUACGACUACAUCAGUCGCUGGAGAUGUGCUCCCCACAACCGGCAGUGGUGGGGGUGGUAACAACGCCACCACUACCGCUGCUACUACCGGCACCGAUACCAGCAAGAACCAUAGUCUGUUCGAACUCAAUCGCAAAUACAUUGAGCAGGCCCAGAAGACGAAGAUCAAUAAUGAGCGCAAUAAAUUUCUCUCCUCACUCAACGAGAAGAGACAGCAGCAGCUCCAGGAACAGCAGGGCCAGUCCGGUGGAGGAACGGCCGGCAGGACGGAAGCGACACAGGCGCAAGCGUCGAUCGAGGAACCGGCGGAAGUGAAGCUGAUAAUUGCGACGUCCACAGCAGCAGCACCGACCCCACCAACGGUGGAUGCGCACAAUGCAACGGCGACCACACCGGUGACCAUCAGCCCGUCAUCGAACAAACUGUCGCCGGGGAAUAUUUUCAAAAACUUUUUCAAAUCAUUUGUACCACCGACGCGGGAUGAAGAAAGCGAAACACAACGAAAGGCCCAUGCCAAACGCGUCCGUGAGACGCGCCGCUCGACUCAAGGUGUCACACUGGACGAGAUCAAGAGCGCCGAACAGCUGGUCAAGAAGAAGAAUGCUUCCGGAGCCGGCAACGAAAACGACACAAUGGCAUCCGCAACGUCAGCAAGUACAACGACGACCACGUCCUCAUCACCAUCCUCAUUAUCAUCCUCUGCAUCACCCUCAUUCACCACCAACAACGCCACAACGAUAUCUGGCACCGCGGCCAUCAACGACCGUGUGCCAUCGGUUGGAGAUAGCACCGAUCAGCAGCAGAGCGGCGGUGGCGGCAAUCAUGUUUCGGAAGGAUCCGGCAAGGAUUCGGGCAGUGAAGUGGCUGUGUCGGCCAGUUUCACGAUAGCCGCGCCCAGUUCGGCCCUCGACGACGGUGGCGAUGGUGGUGGAGGUGGAGGUCACAGAAGGCAUCGUCGGAGUGUCGGAGCAGGUGGGGGCAAUGACGAGGAAGAGGAUGACAUUAAGGUGUCGUAUACGAUAAGUGCUCCCGUGCGGCCGAGCUCUCCCGGUCGGCGGGCAACCGUGAACAACUCCAAAGAAAGCACCACCGAUCCACCGGCGGCGGCUGGAAGCGAUAUUUUGGGCGGUACUGAUGCCGAUGUUCCUGUCGUGUCGGCAACGUUCCACGUGCCAGCGGUCUCCGAGGCGGGAGUUGUUGCGACCACUGCCACCAUCCGAACGUCCGGAACGGCAGCGGGUGGUGUCGUGAGUAGUAGCGAUAGUAAUACCACCACCAUCACCAACACCACCAGUGCAUCCUCUAAUACCAACCACAACACAGCCGCAACCUACACUAAACGUUCACUGUUCGAUAUCGAUAACGCCAACUCACUAACAUUGGCCGAAAAGUUGCGCCAUGAGGCAAACAAGUAUGCCAUCGCGGCGGUAGCGGAUGGCGAUCUCGACAGCCAUUCGGCCGUCCCCAGGGUGCCAAAUAGCAAUAGCACCACUACUAAUAGCGGUGGCGAGAGUAACAGCAACAGUACAAACGCACCUGCGGACAAUAGUGCUGUGAGUGCUGCUGCUGCUGCUGCUGUUCCGCCGUCUCCGACGCUCCGGAAGGCGGCGGAUUCGGGGGCGGCGUCGACGACGACGGGUGUCACUGCCGAACGAAGGCCCUCGUGGCGGUUGAAAGUGGACGGUGGCAGCAAGUUCAAAUUGGAAGAUGCGUCCACACCGAAUGCCGCCACACAGUCAUCGUCGGUAGCGAGCGGUUCCGUGUAUGAAUCCGUCCCAGCUACUCAGGCAACAGAGCACGGUUUGACCACUACUAAGCUCACCUCCUCGUCGGCCCUGGCCCAACGAAGGGCGCAGCAACAAAAUGGUGACAGUACCACCACCACCACGACGACCGGUUCCAGCGUUGCCGGUUCCGCCAUCGGCUCACGCCCCCUAUCGGCGUCGGGUCUUGCCGCCGGUGAACAGUACAACCGCGUGCCUGGAAGUAAUGCCAGUUCGGCCGGUGAACCGACCACGGCAGCCAACAGUGGCACCGACACUAGUCCGCUACACCAUCUCCGCCGACCACCAAAGUCGACGACGGCCGGUGAAGAGAACAAGGAGAAUGACAAAGAGAACGAUAGCCGCACCAGCUCGACGACGGCCCAAGCCACGCAGGCGGUCAUCCAGCGGCGCCGGCGACAGAAGCGUCGUUCGACCGGUGUUGUUUCCGUUGGCAUAGAGGAUCUUGAUCCCGAUAGACAAGAUUCUCCCGUCGACGGUGAGGAUAAAGAGACUGGCUCGGAACGUGGACGAUCGCGCGUUGGUUCGACGGCAUCCGAGCUGGACACGGCAAACCAGCCGCAGGACUCCACACGGGAAAACGGUGGCGACUGUAUCGACUACAAAGCUCUCUAUGAACAGGAAAAAGCCGAUAAUGAUAAGCUUAAGAUGUCUCUACGAAAGAAAGAUGAAGAGGUGGUAACGCUUAAGGCAGCCCUGGAUCGAUUUACUACAGCGACCACCAAAAACAACUCACUGUCCGAGCUGGAGAAGCGCGAACGGCGCGCCAUGGAGCGGAAAAUGUCCGAGAUGGAAGAAGAGUUGAAGUUGUUGCAAAAGUAUAAAACCGAAAACGAGCGACUGCGGGCCGAAAACCGUGCCCUAACGCGCGUCGUCUCGAAGCUGACCACCUCGGCACAGAACCAAGUACAUGCGGCCGCUGCCAACAAGCAAUAAUGCCGAUCGUGCUAGCUGAUCGUGCACGUGUUUGACUGUACAGCGGGCUGAUACACCUUUUCUUGUGGGCACAUUUGGGGAACACUUUUGUGCCAAAAAAAUGGGGGGAGAAAGUAGUGUAGAUAACCAUAUACUGCUUGCUAGCCUGCAAGGGGAUAGCUAGCGAAUUGGCAAAUCAUCGAUCGAAUGUUUACAUCGAAACCCUUUCACACAGCUCACACAUACACCGACAAACAGGAAAAAGUAAUAAUCAAAACAACACACUAGAUUGCGGUAGAAGUAAACCCCGGUCUAGAGAAACCACAUCAUCACAGCCUAUUUAGAUCACGAUUCACUAUAACGAAUGAAUUCGUAUCCUAUAAUGAAUUCAUAUAUACACACAGCAACAACAACCAUACUGCUGUCUAUCGGCGUGAUAUACGAUGGCACAUAUAUAGGCAAACUUUGUUACCGAUUAUAAAAUCAUCAAACCAUCACACACACAGUUACUCAAAUUUUACACUAAACCAAAAAAAAGUGGUAGAUUUAUGCGUUCGAAUUAGGCAUAUAUUUAAAAAAAUAUUGUAUUUAUGUCACUGUUAUCGAAAAUGAAACAUUUUCGAGUCCGUUUACAGCUUUCGUUUUUUGCGUAUUUAAUGAUAAUUAAAGCAAAUGAUAGCAAUAAUACAUGAGGAAAACAAAAAUUGUGGGUGCAAUGAAAAUAUGGUGGGAUUUUUUUUUCUUUGCUUGGUUGUCCUCAAUUCUCUUUGACCGAGUUCGGCCCGGUUCUGACUACCAUUUUGUCGUGUGUCGUGCAAUCCUUCGCUUCGAUCUUUACUGCUUCAACCAUUAUGUCGACUGUUCACCACUACCACCACCACCACCACCACCAAAACAGCAGGAACCCAUCAUCACUACCGACACCACCACCACCACCACCAAUCACCAACAACCUAUCCUUCACCGGGUCCACCGACUGGGAUUGGGAUCUCUGUGCUCCACGACCGACCGGUUACUCUUUCAACCUAGAAUAUCACACAGCAAAAAGAGAAGGGAGAGCGUAUGUGUGGGAGGAUGUAUGUGUGUGUAGGGGGGGAUGAUCAUAAUUUUCCUCCAUUUGUUCGUCGCAACUUUCCCGUCAACUGAACAACACCUUUCCAGGCUAUUGGAAGCACUCAGAACGGAAAACCAACGACUUAAGGAUGAAAACGGUGCCCUUAUUCGUGUGAUCAGCAAGCUGAGUAGAUAAGGGGGGUGGACACUUUCCCCCCUUCUCCCCCCUCCUCCGGUAGCAGCCACCGAUCCCCUGUCCAUCAACAUCAACAGCAGGCAGAAACAUACUACCACUACUACUGCUGCAAGUCAACGUAUUCUCGAUGCGAAGGAAAGGAAGAAAAUACCGAAAGGGUCCCAUUUUCCCGUUUUUUUUUUGCAUCACGCGCACGAGUCGUUCCCUCGGCUAUUUCUAUUCUGUCCACCGAUCUACUACUAAAAACAUACACGAGAGAGCGAGCGGAAUGUGCCCACUCCGAAACAUCCGAUCAGGAUCGGCCAGGAAGAAAGGUGUGCGCUUGAUCGCGCUUGGUCGGAUGCGAAUUGCUGAUCUCUUGCUCUUCUUCUUCCUUGGGGAAUUCACACACACACACACACACACACUCACACACACACACCUUUUUAUGUUAGGGAGGGGAUUUUGCGAGCAUAAUUGCAAGGCUGUUGACUAGUGCUUAGCGAACAAGGGGCGAUGGAAAAAGAAAAUGGUGGCCGGUUGGCAGUAGUAGUAGUAGUCCUUCCUCGCCUGGAGAAGCUUUCCGGGUGUGUGUGUGUGUGUGAGUCACGUUCUGUGCACGCGCAGUGUAGAUAAAAAUUAGUUAGGAUGAAUGGAAGAGGGAAGUUUUUUUGUUUGCGUGGAAAAGGACGACAGCAGCAGGCAGAAUGAAGAGAUUUCAAGAUUAGAAGAGGGAGCCAGUUAGAAAGCCAACAAACUCUGGUGAGGUGAGAUGAGAUAUGCAAGUGGAAGAAACCCAGAUGUGUGUUUUGGUGUUGUGGUGUGUUGUAAAUGUAAAUGCGUCCUUUCCUCCUCAACCGGUGUCAAACGUCCGAUCGUUCCCCUCAUCACCCCUAAAUUCCUCUGCACGGAAAUCCCGUUUCGAUUGCGGGAAUGAGCGCAUUUGUUCUAGGGUAUUUUAAAUGAAUUUUGUUAUGUUUUUUGUCCUCAGCUUUUACACACUUUUUUAACCAUCGGACGUCACGAAAUGGAAUGUGUUAAUUUAAAUUAAAUUCCUCUGAUUGGCAGUGCAAGCAGCUACUCGAUCCGGUGCCACAGGCAUACAGAAACGUAGGAAGAGAAGGAUAUUAGGGGCACUUUGUUCUCGCAUUUUGUGGUGGGAUUAUGUUCAGGGCUUACCCUUCGAUCGUGUUGCUUUAAGCGUGCACGUGCACACAAACAUCUGGGGCGCCGAGGAAUUUAGCCCGUGUUUAGUACGAGAUCCCCACAGUGGAAAGGAAAGUUGUUAUAGUGUAGGGGAAAAGGCAAAGAAAAUGAGUAGAAGCAAAAGGAACUACACACACACAGAGGGAACAUUGAAUGGAGAAUCGAUGAAGCGAGUAUUUUGAACAGGUGGGAAAUGGAAGGAUAAACAAUGAAUGAAGCAAAACGAGAUCGGAAAACUCUCGAACGAUUCGAAUCGAACACACAAACCCGAAAGGUAUUUGUUUGUUUUUCUCCUCACAUUUUUAUUUUCUUAUGCCUCUUUACAUGGUUGUGUGCUCUGCCUUAAGUGCAUUUCAUCCUUUCGAUUCUUAUGCUGUUUUCUUCUACUGUUUUUUGUGUUAACUUUUAUUUGAUCUCGCAUUUAUGUGUUUUUUUUCCCCUUUAUUUUGUUCUCAUUUUCUACUAUGUUUUGUAAUUAUUUUGCGCCAUUUUUUAAACACACAUACACACACACGACUCUUAUUAAGGAUGAGAGAGAGAGUGAGAGAUAUUUAUAGAUAAAUCUGUGUCCUUCUCGGUGUGUUCCCAUUUUUUCUCCCUCCCCCGUAGAGAGCUUCCCGGAAAAAUCGUUAGGAAAAAAUCUCCCCCGACGACAAUCGAUCGUACGAGACACAAAAACACACGCACACGUGGGACAAGCGUGUGCAGCACACAUACACCAUCCAAACCCCCCACACAAACACACACACACGCGAUUUAAAUUAUGUCUAUUCGCAUCAUUGUCCAUUAAAAUUAUUACUAUCUUUAUAUAUGCUCUGUUUCUUUUAUAAAACUGUAAUUAUUAUUAAUAUUAUGAUUAUUAAACUAUUAUGUAGGAUUUUUUUUUUAUUUGAUAGCGAAACAGAAAACAAACGCUCGGCCGAGAAUUAAAUAAAGUGGAAACAGACAAAAAGCUACAUGGAACGCAACGUUCAAA